GAAGGUUCCACCUAAAAUCGUCGUACUUUAAUUUGGGGGAAAAAAAACGCGCUUUUGUUUAAAACAGAUAGGAAAAACUCAAAAACACGAGGCAGUGCGUGGGGCCCAUGAGGUUUAGUUGCGUCUUUCCUUCCGCUGAAACCCAUAGUUGAACAACCGUUACACUAUAUAUGUAUUUCCACUCCACAAACUCACAGCUAAGGAGAGAGAGAGAAAACGGCGGGCGGCGAUGGGAAAUUGUUGCUCGGAUGUCGCCGGCGGUCAGUCGGCAGUCGGCGGUACCGGAGUUAGCACCGGUAAUCAAGCUAACGCACCUAAUGAAGCUGUUGAUGCAUUCCUUAAGUCUCGUGGUUACCAAGGCCUUUAUUCUCAGAUCGAGUUGUCUCUAUCUUCUACCAGCUUGCGUGAUCGUGAUGUGCUUUCCAAGAGUGACCCCAUGGCAGUCCUUUAUUCAAAAGAAAAAGAUGGCUCAUUGAAAGAGCUUACCCGUACUGAAGUAGUCCUCAACUCAUUGAACCCAAAGUGGAUUACAAAAUAUACUAUGACUUAUUAUUUUGAGACGGUGCAGAAUUUGGUGUUCCGUGUGUAUGAUAUUGACACACAAUUUCAUAAUCAAGAUGUCAAGAUGCUUAAACUGGAGGAACAGGACUUUCUUGGUGAGGCCAGUUGCACAUUGGCUCAGAUUGUCACAAAGUCUGAUAGAGCCUUGAUCAUGGACCUUGUAUGUGGCGAGCAAUCUUCUAGUCAAGCACGUGCCCCGAAGUUUGGCAAGCUUACUGUUUUUGCUGAAGAAAGUAUCAGCUCAAAGACUACUGUAGAGUUGAAAUUAAGAUGUUCAGAAUUGGAAUCAAAGGAUUUAUUUUCAAAAAGUGAUCCAUUUCUGGUGGUAUCCAAAACCACCGAAAGUGGAAUGGUUGUUCCAAUUUGCAAAACAGAAGUGAUAAAUAAUGAUCAUUCACCCAGUUGGAAACCGAUGAUCUUGAAUAUUCAACAAAUUGGAAGUAAGGAGAACCCAUUAAUUAUCGAGUGUUAUGACUUCAAUAGCAAUGGGAAGCAUAGUUUAAUUGGAAAGAUUCAGAAGUCGCUAUUAGAUUUAGAGAAGUUGCAUUCUGCUAGAAUUGGUGCAAAUCUUUUUAUACCAACUGCUACGGGACCAAAACAAGAAAACAAGGUUCUAAAGAGUCAACUUUUCGUGGAAAGCUAUUCAGAGAAAGUACAGUAUACAUUCCUUGAUUACUUGGCGUCCGGCUAUGAACUCAACUUCAUGGUGGCCAUUGAUUUUACUGCUUCCAAUGGAAAUCCACGCCUCCCUGAUUCAUUGCAUUACAUUGACCCUUCAGGACGACCAAAUGCUUAUCAGAGAGCAAUCCUGGAUGUUGGAGAGGUAUUGCAGUUUUAUGAUACAGACAAACGUUUUCCUGCUUGGGGUUUUGGAGCACGGCCAAUUGAUGGCCCAGUUUCUCAUUGCUUCAACUUAAACGGUAGUAGUACCUACUGUGAGGUGGAAGGAAUCCAGGGUAUCAUGAUGGCAUACGUAAGUGCCCUUCAUAAUGUUUCACUUGCAGGUCCAACUUUAUUUGGACCAGUGAUUACUUCUGCAGCACAUAUAGCAAGUCAGUCUUUGACGAACAAUGAGCGGAAGUAUUUCGUUCUGCUAAUAAUCACGGAUGGAGUGAUAACAGAUCUCCAAGAAACAAAGGACGCUCUUGUUCAAGCAGCGGAUUUGCCCUUGUCAAUUCUAAUUGUUGGGGUCGGAGGAGCAGACUUCAAAGAAAUGGAGAUAUUGGAUGCUGAUAAAGGAGACAGGCUAGAAUCUACAACUGGACGUGUUGCUGUGCGUGAUAUAGUACAAUUUGUUCCCCUCCGGGAUGUACAAAAUGGAGAUGUCUCAGUCGUUCAAUCGCUUUUAGCAGAAUUACCUUCUCAAUUAUUGGAAUACAUGCGGUUCAGAAAGAUACAGCCGACUUCAUGAUCAUACAAGAAUUGUACAUAUAAAUGUUAAUUCCUUCAUCGCUCUAUGUUAUUUGUACUUAAUUUUUGCUUCUAGAUUUCUUGUUCAUCUUCCUCGUUGCCCAGAAGAUUAAGCUGAUAUGUUUCUUCCGCAUCUUAUUGUAAUUGAUUUUGUUGAUAAAAAAGGAAAGUCCUUUACCUUUUA